AUGGCCAUCAUUGAUGUCGUCAGCCCUGAAGUCAUCCGACAAAUGAUGCACAUUGUCGAGCACCUCGCGCGGAGCACAGACGAGCUCUACUCAAACAUUAGAGUAACCCUCAUGGUAAUCAGGGAGAGCCUCGUAGAAGACCUGCUCAUCGCUAUCAAGGGCUUCUCCUCAGAGAUUCGCUUAACCCUCGUGCCUUUUAGGAUACUCGUAGACGACCUGAUCACCUAUGUCGAGGACCUCGCGCACGCGACAGACACCCUCUCCUCAGAUAUUGGCACAACCCUCCCGUCUUUGACGCUGUUCGUAGAAAACCUAAUGAUCGCUGUCGAGCACCUCACGCAGAAAACCAACACACUCUCCUCCGAUGUUGGCGCAACCUUGGCAUCUAUUGCGCUGCUCGUAGAAAACCUGGUUGCGACAACGAAUGCGCUAGCGCUGGACAUGCAUUACCUACUGCAAGGCUGCAUCGCUCUUGUUGCGUUGUUGUGCUUGUUGACAGUCCUCUGCAUCGUGCGCUGGUGCUACAUAUUUAGUAGAGAGCUUCGGGGUGUGCAGCAUCUCAAAACCGCGUGA